AUGUCCAAAAAGCCACAGAGCAAGGAGUUAAGCAAUGAUUGCGGCAUGGGAGUACGUGCUCCCGAUUCUCUACCAGGACUCAAACACCACUAUCCGCAUUGUGGAGACAGAUCCCCAACGAAAUGCGAUAUAAUGGGCGUGACAAAGCUAGUGAACGAGCCAAGCCCGAGUAGCUCCGAGGAGUCCAACUCUCCUACCGAGAUCAACUGCUACCGACGGCUGGGUGAUCGUCCACCGCUAAUGAAGCGGCUAGCAAUGGGUCUAAGUGGGGCAUUGCUGCAACCAUCUGAUGACGAUUCUACGCCGCUGGUUACAGACACGCCUACAACGCCCACAAAUCUUCCACUAUGCAUGAAUGGUGGUUAUAUAAAUGAGGCAACUGAAGCGGAGGCACGCACACGGGAAAGCAACCGUGAGUUACCUCCCACGCCACGACGUCGAGAGACACUGCAUGAUCAAGAUCUUGACUUCCGAAGAUGUAACAACAUGAAAAAUUGUAGUCCAUCAGCAGCAUGUAGUAGAACGACAUCAUCUUCAUCUGCUGCAUCGUCUUGUGGUGGAAACGGUUCGCAUGGUUCUGGCAAUAAUAACGUACCUAGAGCCGAGCCAGAGUUGCGGCAGGCACCUUGGUUUCAACAGGGUAUUCCUAGAGAAAUAGCAUUGGAAGUGCUGAGCAGCCAGCCAGUAGGAUCGUUUUUGGUCCGUGGUAGUACUACGCAAGCGGGCUGCUAUGCGCUUUCAGUGCGAGUGCCUCGUGACUUCCAACCUUCAGGCAUUGCGCACUAUCUUAUAUUGCGUACACCAAAGGGUUAUAAAAUUAAGGGUUUCACUAAAGAGUUCACGUCUCUCUGCGCACUAGUGACGCAUCACAGUGUAAUGCCGGAGCUUUUGCCGGCGCCGCUGCGGUUGCCGCGCGCCUCACGCCCGACACCCGCUCGGCAUAAUCAGGACCCAGAUAAAGCAGACUUGCGCUCUCUCACGAGGCCACAGCAACAUCAUCACCACUUGCAAAACUUCCUCGCACAACUCGACGUGUAG